CAAUCGAUCUCCCUUCUUCCCCACUCCGCUUUUCACUUCCAUGACUCUUUCCAAUAUCCCAUGAUCUCCUUCACAUUAUCGCUACAUCAUAACUUCUUAAACUCAAUAACGAUCGCUUCUCCCAGUAUUCCUUCAAGAUACCCUUUUUAGGUUCCCCUUCCAAUCCCUCAGCUGCUGCCCGUUCUUGCACCGUUCUCUUGACUUACUGCGAAUAUGUGGAGGAAUUUCGCCAGACGAGUUUCUUCCUCCAAAAGGGUCAAAUUCCCUUCAAGCAGUGCUUCCCAAUGUCAAGAUUCCAACUUUCUCGACAGAAUUAGACCUCCGGUGCUUCCUUCCUGCUCCGAUUCCCUCCUCCAAAGCGCCGGAUUCCGCCGAAGUUGCUUCUCAACCAUUCAAAAUUUGAACUUGACCGGACCCUAUUCGAGUAUUCCGGCGGGUUAUUGUACGGUACCUUCGUUGAAGCGCUACGGGACUGCGGCGGCGCAAGUAGUUUCCUCGACGGACGAGUCCGACCUUUCUGGCUCCGAUGAGCUGCAGGAAAUGGUGAAGGAAUUCAACAAGCAGCAGCAGCAGCCGCAGCAGAAAAUGGAGUUGCGGCAACCACAGCAGCCGCCGCAGCCUCGCCGGCCGAAGAAGAUGGUGGCGGGAAUGGGCAUAGGGAAAUACAAUCUGCUCAAAAAAAGGCAGGUGAAGAUGGAGACGGAGGCGUGGGAAGAGGCGGCCAGAGAGUAUCAGGAGCUUUUGGUGGAUAUGUGCGAGCAGAAAUUGGCUCCCAAUUUGCCUUACGUGAAGACUUUGUUUCUUGGAUGGUUUGAGCCUCUGAGGAAUGCAAUUUUGGCGGAUCAGGAAGCUUGCAAGGAAAAGAACUCUAAGGCAUCCCAUGGGCCUUAUUUCAAUGAGCUUCCUGCUGAUAUGAUGGCUGUUAUAACGAUGCAUAAGAUGAUGGCAUUGUUGAUGACUACUAAUGGAGCUAAUGGGAGUGUGAGGGUGGUUCAAGCUGCUUGUGGUAUAGGUGAAGCAAUUGAACAUGAGUCCAUGAUUAAUAAGUUCUUGGAGAAGACUAAAAAGAGGGGCAAAAAAGCAAGCAAACCUGAAAUUGAACCCGACAGUGCCAGCGUGGCAAAUACAGAGGAGAAAUCAGGUGAAGACAGCGAUAAACUUAGAAAAAAAGUUACUACAUUGAUGAAAAAGCAAAAGCUUUAUCAAGUGAGGAAAAUGGUGAAGGAUCAUGAUGAUCCAACGCCUUGGGGGCAGGAAGCACAUGUUAAGGUUGGCUGUCGGUUGAUCCAAUUGCUGAUUGAAACCGCUUACAUACAACCUCCCGUCGAUCAAUUAGGAGAUGGUCCACCUGAUAUUCGCCCAGCAUUUGUGCACACCCUCAAGACUGUCACACAUGAGGCACAGAAAGUCAGUAGGAGAUAUGGAGUGAUUGAAUGUGACCCUCUAGUCCGUAAAGGCCUCGAGAAAUCUGCAAGACAUAUGGUCAUCCCUUACAUGCCGAUGUUGGUUCCCCCUGUGGACUGGAGCAAGUAUUUCAUCCCAGUCCUUUGCAAAUCGAUUGGAAUCUUGUAUUUACUGUCAUUUUCUUUCUUUGAUUCUGAGAUCGCUCAGAAUUUGCUAUCAUCUAGCGGCUUGAUAUAUGACAAAGGUGCCCACUUUUUCUUACCUUCUUAUGUUAUGAGGAUACAUGGGUCAAAACAACAACGACAAGUGCUUAAGAGGACUUCAAGGGAACAAUUAGAUCCUGUUUAUGAGGCCCUUAAUACAUUGGGGAACACCAAAUGGAGAAUAAACAAGAAGGUAUUAGCUGUAGUGGAUAGAAUAUGGGCAAGUGGAGGCCGUAUUGCUGGCUUGGUUGAUCGUGAAGAUAUUCCUCUACCUGAGAAGCUAGAAACAGAAGACGAGCAAGAAAUGCGGAGAUGGAAGUGGAAAGUAAAAAAUCUAAAAAAAGAGAACAGUGAGAGGCAUUCACAAAGAUGUGAUAUAGAGCUUAAACUUGCUGUGGCUAGAAAAAUGAAGGAUGAGGAAGGCUUCUACUACCCACACAACCUUGAUUUCAGAGGACGUGCUUAUCCCAUGCAUCCACAUUUGAAUCAUCUUGGUUCUGAUCUCUGCCGGGGUAUCUUGGAGUUUGCUGAGGGGCGACCUCUCGGAAAGUCUGGUCUGCGGUGGCUAAAGAUACACUUGGCAAAUUUGUAUGCUGGUGGCGUGGAUAAGCUAUCUUAUGACGGAAGGAUAGCAUUUACUGAGAAACAUCUUGAGGAUAUCUUUGAUUCCGCUGAGCAACCUCUUGAAGGAAAGCGGUGGUGGUUAAAUGCCGAGGAUCCAUUUCAGUGCUUAGCAGCAUGUGUUAAUCUCACAGAAGCAUUGAGAAGCUCCUCCCCAGAGAUGACCUUAUCAUACAUGCCUGUCCACCAGGAUGGCUCUUGUAACGGUUUACAACAUUAUGCUGCUCUUGGAAGGGACAAGUUAGGAGCUGCUGCAGUAAAUCUUGUUGCAGGUAACAAACCUGCCGAUGUUUACUCAGGAAUCGCUACUAGAGUUCUUGAAAUUAUGCGUAUAGAUGCAGAGAAAGAUCCAGCAACUAAUCCGAAUGCAUUGCAUGCCAAGCUUUUGAUUGAUCAGGUUGACAGAAAAUUGGUUAAACAAACAGUGAUGACAUCAGUGUAUGGUGUCACCUAUAUUGGUGCUCGUGACCAGAUAAAGAAAAGGUUAAAAGAGCGUGGUGCAAUAGAUGAUGGGCUUCUGUAUCCUUCAGCUUGUUAUGCAGCAAAAACUACCUUGACUGCUCUAGAAGAGAUGUUUGAAGGAGCAAGAAGUAUCAUGGCCUGGCUCGGGGAAUGUGCAAAGAUAAUUGCCUCGGAAAAUGAGCCUGUGCAAUGGAUUACUCCUCUUGGACUCCCUGUUGUACAGCCUUACCGACAACUGGGUAGACAUUUGAUCAAGACAUCACUUCAGAUGCUGGCCCUGCAGAGAGAAACUGAUAAGAUAAUGGUUAAACGGCAAAGAACUGCUUUCCCUCCAAAUUUUGUUCACUCCCUAGAUGGGUCUCACAUGAUGAUGACCGCUGUUGCCUGCAGAAAGGCUGGUUUAAACUUUGCAGGUGUCCACGAUUCUUAUUGGACGCAUGCAAGUGAUGUCGACGAAUUGAACAGAAUACUUAGGGAAAAGUUUGUUGAACUUUACGAGGCGCCUAUACUGGAGAAUUUGUUGGAGGCGUUUCAGAAGUCCUUCCCUAAAUUAAAGUUUCCUCCUCUGCCAGAUAGAGGAGACUUUGAUCUGAAAGAUGUCCUGAUAUCUCCCUAUUUCUUCAACUAGUUUGGAUGUAAAGAAUGCUGGUUGAACUCAACAAUGCCAAAAUUGUGCUGUGCCAACUUUACCGGCCUACGGAAUAUGCAAGUUUUGUCCAUACCGGGCCUUGCCCUAGUAUUCUGAAAGACAAGCUCCGGGGACCCAUUCUUCAAGAAGAGGCUGGUUGACAUGAGAAGUCACCACAGGUCGAGUUUGCGAGGAAUUGUACAUAUUGCAACAGAGGAAAUGUGUAUAGUUUACUGGCUUGAGAUGUUCCUUUUGCAACUGCUCCUGUGAGGAGAAUGAGGAGAGGCCACUAGCACUGGUGAAAUUGCAGAUCUUUGAAGGACACACAGUUUGGGUCAUGAUCAUCCUAAUUGCGCUCUGCUACGAUCCAGGUAAUUUCUCGAGUAAUAAGAAAGCAUCAGCAGAUGUUGGGAAAAGAAUGCGAGCUUGGGAUGCAAUGCAACUUUAUCUUCUUUUGCUUUAUGGUAGAUUCUUGAUAGAUUUCUUAAGAUUGGCGAAAAAGCUGGAGUGAACAUUGUAACCUGGGAUCUGGGUUGUCUGUACCGAUAGAUUCAAGGGAUGAACUCACAUUCUAUUGUACUUGUUGCGGAUGAUUACUUAGUAUAUGCCGAAUCAAUUUGUUCAAUGUGACACAAAACCUAAUACAAAAUAAAAGAGUGAAAGGAAAUUCCAAUUGUAGAGACUGGAAUGGGUUAGGGUUUACUUCAGUUUACAGAAAAUGAAGGCAUAUACAUAAGCUUCUUGGGUCUCAAGUCAACACUGGAUGGCUGAGUACCAAUUUCUUUCAAUGGACUACCAUUUUUGUAUGAUGCAUGUGAUUGUAAGACAAAGUAAAACUCUAUAGAGGAAGUAACUAGAAGUGUCUAAAUUUGAUGUCUGUGUGAUGAUCUACUUCUUCAAAUUGGCGCCAGUUGCUAUGGAGAUAGUUUCUUUCUCAGCAAGGCAUAGGCAUCACUGUAUAUAGCAACUGAGCACGAGAGCACAGCUAGGAAAAUCAUGAAAAUAGACAAAAUCUUCUCCUUCUUUGUUGCUAUGGCAUGUGGAUCCCUGAAACCCAAACAAGUACAAAUCAACAAAAAUGAAGCUUUAUUUGGAACCGUUACCUGGAUUGCAAGAAAUUAGUUAGGGAAGCACUAAACCUGAGAGCGAUUGCAGCUGGGAAGAUAAAACCGAGGCAGACUGCUGAUGUCGCCCCAGUGAACUGGAAAGCAUCCCAGAUACUCGGUACAAAAUCUGCUCCCAGAAAGAUCAUACAAAUGAGUGCUAUUGUGAGCAAUAUAAACCUUCUGGUAUCUAAAGCAAGAUCCCUGGCCGAUGGAAAGAGCAGCUCAUCGAUGUUGCUUCUCAGGGGGUAGAAAAGCACUGGGAAAACAAGCAUCAAGUGGAGAGCAUAACUGACUCGAAUGACAUCAUUGAGCACAGAGCUGUAAGGAAUGCCGAGGUCUGUGUUGAAGUUAGCCAGCACAUCAUCGAGUGUCGAGUCACCAAAAAGGAGGAAACCGAAGAAGCUUAUCAUAAUGUAGACAAAAGAGCAGAGAGCUAGUGAAGCUUGCACAACUUUUCGUAUCUUGGUAGGGUCUUCAAGUUCAUUCUCAAUUGUAUGAACGUUGAAAUGACAUAUGAAAGCUGUCACAAGCACGGGUACAGCAGUGAAGAGAUUCCAGAAUGAUGUGAUGCUAGUAACAUUAGGAAGCAACCUUGGCAUGGAGACGCUUCCAUUGAUCAAUUUGAAUGCUGCAAUUCCUGCUGUUAUGACGAGGAAAACGACUGCAAGUGCAACUGCUACAGCCGACGAGAACUUCAACGAAUCUAUGUGCUUUAAGCAUGCCAAUGGAGAAAAUACAGCAAAUGUCAUGACGAGGAAAACAGCAGUACGGCCAUUCCACCAUUGGCUUCCAAACCAUUCCUCCAGGACACCCCUCUUGUGAAUCCCAUUUGCAGAUGUUGUUCCAGAAAGUCAUACCAAUGAUGAUCAUGUAAACAACAAGAACCCCGACGUUAUUGAGCAGCACACAAAUCUGAAGCAGGGUUCUGCCGCCAUUCCCAAACGCGUCCUUCAUAACUCCGCCGUACGAUUUCACUUCCUUCCCGGCUUUGCUGUAUCUCAGCAGCAUUUCCAGCGACCGCUCUGUGAGAACCGCGACUAACACUAUGAGCGCGAUUCCGAGCCCCAGGCCCAGGAUUUUCAUGGUGGCUGGCAAUGCCAUGAUUCCGGCUCCGAUAAUCGUUGUGGAAAGAGUGAAGACUGAACCAGUGAAGGAAGCCCUGAUUCUGGUGUGACCACCAUCACCGAACUGCGAUUCCUGCUCCUCGUGAAGCAACAAUGGCGAAAUUGAUGAGGAACCAUCGAUGGGGAUUCGGUAAUUGGGUUCUCCCCUGCUCUUCAUUUGUUCAGUGAGUUUAAUUGAAGAGGAAAGAUGGUUCCUUUUUCGUGUUGGGAAUGGAGGGAAAAUGGAGGAAGGCCGCCGAAUGGAAUGAGUAGGCGUUCUUAUCAGUAGGAUGUGAAGCUGAGGUAGUCAUUAGUGGCAUUUUGGGAGUAUUUCUU